AUGUCUCCCCCUCUCGAUAUGACACCAGUAGACAAGCUAGAGUUCCUAAUCCUGGUUGACAACUUCGUAGAGUGGCUAUCAGCUCUCCCUCCAGGAUUCACCCAAGAACUACCCCAACACAUUUUAUCCAAAGAUGUACCUAUAGACACAUUGACCGGAUUACCUAUGGUAGAUUUAGAUAACUACUGCUGUGGUGCUCAUGGAUUAUCAAUCCUGAUUAAAACAACUAUAAGCGAUCAAACUCAUACAGUAUUAUUCGAUUCAGGUCCUGACCCACAUUCGAUCGAGCGAAAUAUCAAAUCUAUGAAACUCGAUUUAACUCAAUUAGAAGGGAUAGUAUUAUCGCAUUGGCAUAGGGAUCAUUCAGGAGGAAUAACAAAAGUACUAGAAAUGAGAGAAGAACAGAUACGUCAAUCUGCACAAGGGAUCGAAAAUGUUGCAGUAGAUUUACAUCCUUCACGACCUAUACGAAGAGGUAUCUCCAGACCACCAGAAUACAAACCUAUAUGUACCCUUCCAACUGAUCCGACGUUCGCCGAAAUACAGGAUCGCCAUGGACAAGUAGAAUUGAAUGAUCAACCGCAUGAGAUGAUAGAUAAGAAGGGUAAUAAAAUGGGCAUAGGGAUCAGUGGAGAAAUCGAGAGAGUUACAGAGUUUGAAGUGGGUCUACCGGGAGCGUUAACUUGGAUGAAGGAUGAGAAUGGGGAAGAAGGUUGGUUUAAUGAUCAUUUGAUCAAAGAUGAGAGAUAUGCUGUGGUAGAUGUAAAAGGUCAUGGUUUGGUGGUAUUUAGUGCCUGUUCUCACGCAGGUAUCUGCAACGUCAUCCACUCUCUCCUCCCUCUCGACCGUCCAAUCCACGCUAUCGUAGGUGGACUUCACCUCGCACCAAUUCAAAGUCAACCUGCAAAACAGACCGCCGAAUUUCUUUCGGAACGUAUCGUCCCUCAGCCGAAUUACGUCUUACCUCUGCACUGUACGGGAUUAGAGGCGAGGGCGAUGUUGAGAGAUAGACUGGGUGAUAGGGUCGUACAUUGCGGGACGGGUAUCAGUGUAGUGUGGAGUGGGACGGAUGAGGAUGACGAGAUACUGGAUGAGAAGGGGGGGUUCAAGAUUGUUAGCUGA